CCAAAGAAAUUUUCGUAAUGACGACGUUUCCUCUUCAUUAUCGGUCCAGUAACGGCUCUUUGCUCUGCUUUAAAGUUCACAAUGGCCCUGCAUCUCCAUUCCAUUUUCAAUAUUCAAGUGCAUUCUUCUUAGAAAGGAAUUCUAGAAUUCCAAUGUAGGAUUUUCCUUUCUCCUUGGUUGGAAGAUAUUUCAGAAUGGUUCGUUUCAGUAAUAACAUCAUCGGAUUGCUUAAUUUUGCAACAUUUGUGCUCUCUGUCCCUAUUUUGGGCGGAGGAAUAUGGCUUGCAACCAAGGCAGGCAGUGACUGCGAGAAGCUUCUUCAAUGGCCUGUGAUUGUCCUCGGGGCUUUUCUCAUGCUCGUCUCUCUCGCCGGCUUGGUAGGCGCCUGUUGCAGAGUCACAUGGCUGCUCUGGCUUUACUUGGCCGCCAUGUUUGUGCUCAUUCUGCUCUUGUUCUGCUUCACUGUCUUUGCCUUCGUCGUCACCAACAAGGGCGCCGGUCAGGUCGUCUCAGGCAAAGGUUACAAAGAAUACCGGCUGGGAGACUACUCACACUGGCUGCAGAAGAGAAUGGAGAAGAGCGGCAACUGGAACAAAAUCAAAAGCUGCCUUCAGGAUGCCAAAGUAUGCAAGAAACUUUCUGAUGAUUCGGUCGGCAAAGUUGCAGAGCAGUUCUACAGUGACAAUUUAUCUCCAAUUCAGUCCGGCUGCUGCAAGCCUCCAAGCUCCUGCAACUUUGUGUAUGUGAACGCCACUUAUUGGACUUCCACAGCAGGCAAUUUAAAGGACAUGGAUUGUAGCAGAUGGAGUAAUGAACAGGAUCAGCUGUGCUAUGAUUGUGAUUCAUGCAAGGCAGGUGUGCUGGCAAACUUGAAGCGCGACUGGCGUAAGAUCGCUGUAAUCAAUAUUGUGGUGCUCAUUGCUCUGGUUGUAGUUUAUUCUGUGGGGUGUUGUGCUUUCCGGAACAAUCAGCGUGACGAGAGAAUUGAUUAUGGAUAUAAGGGAUAUCGUUGAGCUUCAGCUUCGGCCAAGGGAGGAGUAAAUAUUAGAGAAAAAAUAAAUUUCCUUGUUUAUGUUAAAU